AUGGAGGUAUUUAAUUUUGGAAAAUAUAAUGGAAAAAGUUUUGAAGAAGUUUACGAAAAACAUAAGUCUUAUGUAUCUUGGGUUAAAAAACUGGAUAACCCUACAGGAUCAUUAAUAUUAUUUAAAAAUUAUAUUUUACAAAAAGAAGGUGAAAAAAAUGACAAUAAUAUGAAAAGUCAGAAAUCAAAUAAUGAAAAUAUAUAUAAUAUGUUUGAAAAGAAAAAGACAAAUGAAAAUAAUAAUUUUUCCGAUAAAGGAAAUAUAUAUGAUUCAUACGAUAAAAAUAAAAAUAGUUAUAUAAAUAAUGAUGAAAAAAACAUUAUAGAUAAAAUGAACAGUAGUGAAUAUAAAAAUUAUGAGCAGGAACUUAUGAAUCAAAUAAACAAUAGUAACAACCGAAAAGAAGAAAAAUUAGAAUUAGAUAUAAUAGUCGCAUUUGAAAUAUUUGAUGAUGACCAUUUUAAAAUAGUACAGAAGGAUAACAAUACUAGAAAAUUUGUAAAUUUUAAAAAUUUUUUAUCGAAAGAACUUUUUAAAAUAAUAUCUGAAUUUAACCCUACCAUAAAAAAAAUUAAUAACUAUUCUUGUGUUAUGUUUGAAGCAGAUAAGUAUGAAUAUGUUUUGAAUAAUUUAAAAGAAAAAUGUAAUAUUUUAGGUGGUGUGCAUGCAAUACCAAAUUUUUUGUUAAAAUGCUUUAAAAAUUAUGCAAAAUUUUCAGAACCUAAAAAAAUAUGUGAAAUUACUGCAAAUAUCUUGACAAAUACUAUGUGUAGUUAUACGAGAGAACAUUUUGACAAAUUAGAUAUCCUAUUAGGUGAAAAAUUAAGUACAGAAUUAAAAAAUUUUCAAAGAGAAGGGGUUUAUUUUGGGUUAAAAAAAAAUGGAAGAGUAUUAAUAGGAGAUGAAAUGGGAUUAGGAAAAACGUUACAGGCAUUAGCUUUAAUGGCAUUCUAUCAUGACGAUUGGCCAUUUAUUGUUGUAUGUCCUUCUUCAAUUAGAUUUCAAUGGAAAGAUCAGGCUUUAAGAUGGUUAUCUCAUUUAAUAAGUGAAAAACAUAUAUGUGUUGUUAAAAGUGGUAAAACUGAUAUUCCUUCUAAUUGCAAAAUGAUCAUAAUAUCUUAUGAAUUAAUAACAAAAAAUGAUAAAUAUCAAAACAAAUACAAGAGUAUCAUAUGUGAUGAAUCUCAUUACUUAAAAAACUCCUUUUCUAAAAGAACAAAAGCCAUUACACCCAUUAUAAAAAGUGCAAAAAGAUGUGUAUUGUUGUCAGGAACUCCUGCAUUAAAUAAACCUUCUGAAUUAUAUGAACAAGUUUCAAGUGUUAUUCCAAAUUUAUUUAAUUAUCAUGAGUUUUGUGAUAGAUACUGCUUUAAAGAUAAGAAUAUAUAUACAAGAAAAAUUGAAUAUGUCGGAUGUAAGCAUACAGAAGAAUUACAUUUAUUUUUAACAAAUACAAUAAUGAUAAGAAGAUUAAAAAAAGAUGUAUUGAAGGAAUUACCUGAAAAAUUGAGAUCCAAAAUACCUGUAGAAAUACCACCAAAAGAACUAAGUGAAAUUUUAACUUAUUAUAAAAAAUUAGAAAUGAAAAAAAAUAUCAACAUAGAUGAAUUUGAUGAGGUUCAUUUUUCGCAAAUGAAUAACUCAAAAUCAGAAGAUAAUGAAGAGGAAAACAUAUCAAUUUCUCAUUUAUUUAAAAUGACUGGAUAUGCUAAAGUAAAAGCUAUAAAAGAAUAUAUUACCUAUUUGAUUGACGCUGAUAUUAAAUUUUUACUAUUUUGUCAUCAUAAACUAGUAAUGGACGAAAUAGAGGAAUUUCUAAAAGAAAAAAAAACUCAAUUUAUACGUGUUGAUGGAUUAACAUCAAUGGAUAAGAGAGAAUUGUAUAUUAAAAAUUUUCAAGAAAAUGAAAACAUUAAAAUUGCAUUAUUGUCUUUAACAGCUUGUGGUAUAGGUUUAAAUUUAACUGCAGCUAAUACAGUUGUAUUUGGUGAAUUGUAUUGGGUUCCAGGUCAAAUUAUCCAAGCAGAAGAUCGUGCUCAUAGAAUUGGAACAACUCAUGAAAAUGUAAAUAUUCAUUAUUUGAUUGCACAAAAUACUAUUGAUGAAAUUGUAUGGAAGAUUAUAAAUAGGAAAUGGAAUACCUUAACUACAGCAUUAAACGGAAUGGAAGAUACAUUAAAUGUAAAAGAGGUAAAUAAAUUUGAUCAAUUUAUGGUUGAUUUAACUAAUAAUCAUAAUAAAUCAUAUCCGUCUUCUUUAGUCAAUACACCAAAAAUUCGACGAAGAUCUUCUGAAUUCCGAUCAUUUGAUAGUAAUAAUAAUAGUAAUAAUUAUAGUAACAAUAAUAUUAAUAACAAUAAAAAAGAUAGAGAUAUAAGAGAUUUUUUUAAACCUAUUAAUAAAUCAGUAGAGAAAUCCAACAAUAAAACAAAAAAAAAAAGAUCUUAUAAUAAUUCUCCUAUUAUAGAUUCUUCCACAAAUUCUUCACCAAAUAUUUUCAACAAAAAAUUAAAAAAUGAAAUAAUUUAA